GUGCUGCACAAUUUCCCUCGAUGCUUUUCCCACACGCCCAUCUCACCCGCGACCAUCCCGUCAUCGAACCCUCGCCAGAUGCUUCAAGCGCCUUUCCCGACUGGCCGCUGUUGCCGUCAUGGCUGCUGGUUGCGUCGCCCAGUCUGCGCCUUCUCCUGGAGGGGACCAGGAAAGAACCAGAGGCGCAGUCACCAUCCUGCCAACUCUUCCAUUUCAACUUUUGUAUAAACCUUGGUUGAUUCUUGUUCUUCUUUGCAUCACUGUCCUUGCUGUUGUUCUUACUUGUAGCAGCACCAUCGCUUUCUUCAGCAUCAUCAUUCUCAUCGUCAUUCCUUUGCUUUUGGCUUUCUUGGGCUUCAUAUCCCUAAUACUCCGUUGCUGCUACAUCUUCAGGACCUCGUCCUCUCACUGUCCAUCCUUCCAAGCAAUCCUCUGCCUCUUCCCACCAUGGGCAAGUUUGCGGCGGCUGCUCUGGGAGCAGCGGCUCUGCUCGCUUCCGUCGCCCCUGUGACUGCUGCUCCCGGCGCCGGCACACUGGGUUUCACAUUCGAAAAGCGUCGCGUCCUUGCGCAGGACGCUCCUCACCUGACACGACGUCAGUCCAAGACCAUCAAGGCGGGCUUGGACAACGAGAUCUUGCUCUACUUCAUCAAUUGCACCGUGGGCACACCGGGGCAACCGUUCUCCCUGCAAUUGGACACUGGCUCGUCAGACAUCUGGUUCCCUGAAGCCAACGCAGAGAUCUGUCAACAAAACGAUGGCUGCUCCGAGUUUGGAGCGUACAAUGCCGAUGAUUCCUCCACCUUCGUCGAUCCCAACCUUCCCCAGUUCCAGAUCCAGUACGUCGACGGCUCUCAAGUUGUCGGGCAAUACAUAUCUGAUGUGCUGAACGUCGGUGGAACAAAAUUGACAAACAUGACCAUGGCUGCUGCCCAGCAAGCAAACACCCGAGCAAUCGGUAUCAUGGGCAUUGGAUUCGAGCUGGGUGAGGCCUCCGCCUCGUUUGACGGCUUCACCUACCCCAAUGUCAUCAACGUCAUGAAGAAUGAGGGCUUCAUCAACGCCCUUGCGUAUUCUCUAUGGCUGGACGAUCUGGACUCGAAUACCGGCUCUAUUCUCUUUGGUGGUGUAGACACAAACAAGUACCACGGUGACCUGGUUUCUCUCCCCAUCCAAAUCGACUCACAAACCGGCGUGAUUGAUUCCUUCACUGUCGCCUGGACCGGCCUGACCGUCUCUGGAGGCGGCCAGACCUCAGACGUCUCCCCCAGUUCGCCUCAACCUGCCAUCCUCGACUCCGGCACCACAGACACCUUGCUCCCUGACGACAUCGCGAACAAUAUCUUCAACGGUGUCGGUGUGGUGACAGACCCCCAGUUUGGCAAUGUGGUGCGCUGCUCUCUCGCCAACGAUGAUCUCACCUUCUCCUUCCAAUUCGGCGGCAAAGGUGGCCCCAUUGUCAAUGUCUCGUUGUCCGAGUUUGUCACUCCCUUGCUCACAACAGACGGCUCUCAACCAACGUUCCAGAACGGCGAUCUGGCGUGCUCAUUUGCCAUCGACGCCGCAGGGAGCGACCCCAUCCUGUUCGGAGAUUCUUUCCUCCGCAGCGCCUAUGUGGUCUACGACCUUGAAAACAACCAAAUAGGUCUCGCUCAAACGAACUUUGACGCUACUGACGCCAACUCCAACAUCCAAGCGUUCCAGGCCUCGGGCGGCAUCCCCAAUGUCGUGUCGACGGCCUCAGCCGCAAGCGUGGCCCAAACCUUUACUGGCAACCCAGAAAUCACGCAAGCCACGGCCACUGCCACAGGGGAAUUGGGCGGCGGUACCUCCAGGAGUGCAACAUUCAAUCUGACACCCGCCACGGGCACGGCCACGAGCACUUCUGGCUCUGGCAGUGGAAGCAGUUCUGGCGAUUCCAACGCGGCGAAUGCCAACUUCCGCGCAAUUCCUGCUGAGAUGACGACCUUGUUGGCGGCAGGUGUAGUGACUCUGGGAUUUUUGUUUGGUGGUGGGUUGAUGUUGUUCUAAAUCAGCGAAUAGCGUGUCUUUGCCUUGUUACGAAAACCAAUGUUGAUACGCACUGGCUAGAAAAGGAGGAUGCAUGGUUGGACGGUGGUGUCUUUGGGCAUCAAUAAGUACUCUGCCUGGAUGUCAUCAGGCUGCAGGACUGGAUGGCAGACAGGGCUCACGACGUUUCUUUUUCCCUGGUAGAAUAACACAGCGGAAGACAGUGCAAAAAUGACAUACUUAUUCUCGUUUUCGA